AUGCUCGGAUGCCCCGCUACCAAAACCCCCACCAGCCGCCCAAUCGGCGAUGUCGAAGCCUCCGCGAAAAUCAGCAUAAAAUCACCCCAUGAGGAGGCAAAUUCCUUUCUCUUUCCCUCUCUUGCACAUUCCUUCAUUGUCUGCUGGCAAUUGCCUCAAUUGCUUGCCAAUUGGCAGAGAGCCAGAGGAAAGGAGCGAGAUGCUCUCCUGUGGGGUGAUGAGGUUGAGUACCUCGUCGUGGCCGUGGACGAGGAGGCGAAGAAGGCUCGGCUGUCCCUGGCACAAGCAGAAAUCUUGAAGUCUCUCGCUCGGGAUGAGGCCUUGUGGAAGACGGGAGAUUCACCUCAGAGUCAGAACAAUGAACAUGACGGCGAAGAGCCCCCUCAUUUCCAUCCAGAAUUCGGACGCUUCAUGCUUGAAGCAACCCCGGGAAGACCAUGGGGCAUUGAUUUCAAGGAUCUUCUUAAGGUUGAGUCAAAUAUGAAAUGGAGGCGAGAGGUUGCCAAAACCCACAUGGCACCAAAUGAAUACCCCAUUACUCUAACCACAUUUCCUCGCUUGGGCACGAAGGAUGAUUACAUUCAGCCAUAUUAUCCUCCAUCAGGCCCGGCAUUGCGGUCGCAGUUUGUUCCUGAUGAGAUCGCUAAUCCCCACAUCAGAUUCCCGACUCUCGCAGGAAAUAUCAGAUCCAGGAGAGGCCGGAAGGUUGAGCUUAAUGUCCCUGUAUUCAAGGACAAAAACACUCCCCAGCCUUUCAAAGAUCCUACGGUCAAUUAUGAUCUUCAUAUUUGGCCUGAGGAUGACGACGUGAGGAAUGGAGCUGCAAAGGACGACCAUGUUUAUAUGGACGCCAUGGCUUUUGGAAUGGGCAGCUGCUGUCUCCAGAUUACCUUCCAAGCCAAAAAUAUGACUGAGGGAAGGAAACUAUAUGAUCAACUGAGCCCGUUGGGUCCUAUCCUCCUGGCUCUUACUGCGGCAACCCCCAUCUAUAAGGGAUUCCUCGUCGACACGGACGUCAGGUGGAACCAGAUCGGCAAUUCCGUAGAUGAUAGAACACGAGAGGAACUUGGUGAAGCUCCCCUAAAGAACGAUAGAUGGAGGAUUCCUAAGUCAAGAUAUGCCUCGAACUCGACCUAUAUCUCUCAAGAUCCUCGUCUACGGAAGGAAUAUCUGGACCCCGACUUGAUCGUUGAUGAAGACAUUAAAAAUCGAUUGAUGGAGGGCGGAAUGGACGAUCUUCUAGCCACGCAUUUUGCUCAUCUCUUCAUCCGUGAUCCAUUGGUUAUAUUUUCUGAAGACCUUGAGGAACUGGAUUUGAACAAAGCAGACCACUUCGAAAAUCUGCAGUCGACUAAUUGGCAACACAUGCGCUUCAAGCCGCCGCCACCUGAUAAGGAAGAUAUUGGUUGGCGGGUUGAAUUCCGCUCAAUGGAGAUUCAGAUGACUGACUUCGAAAAUGCGGCAUUCAGCAUCUUCAUCGUGCUUAUCACUCGUGCCAUCCUAAGCUUCAAUCUGAAUUUCUACCUUCCCAUCCCACGAACCACCGAGAAUAUGGAAACGGCCCAUGCGCGCAACGCCGUCCAUGAUCGAAAGUUUUAUUUCCGAAAGGACCCUUUCACUCGGGGCCCUCUCCGGCAUUCAGCCACUGGAAGCGCAAUGUCGUCCGCUACAUCGUCUGCAUGCAAUACGCCCCCUCCUUCGCCCCCACUUGGUCCGGUUGAGUCGGAAUACGACCUCAUGACUAUCUCUGACAUUGUCAACGGCUCGGAGGAUGGGUCGUUCCCGGGACUUAUUCCGCUGGUUGAGUCAUAUCUCAACAGUGUCAAUGUAGAUGUCGAGACGCGUUGCUUCCUGGCACGAUACCUCGAUCUGAUACGCAAACGGGCUAAUGGAACUCUCUGGACUGGGGCUCGAUGGAUUCGUGAAUUUGUUGCAUCGCAUCCCGCGUAUAAGCAUGACAGUGCGGUUCCUGAAGAGAUCUGUUUUGAUCUUGUCAAGGCUGUUGAGGAGAUGUCUGUAAAGGAGGGAAAGAAUGGUAGUGUCGGAUGGGAGCUACUAAGGGGUAAGAAAUAG